AAAUAGAAACUUGAAGGGUUGUGUUUAGGUUAUUGAUUAAAUGUUGUCAUAUAUGUCUGGAUAAAUUCACAUUGAGAUUGUAAUAUUCACUGAUUUUUUUAACAAUCGGGUGAAAGGUACAGUGGCCUAGUUACAAUGUCGGAAGUGAUGCCUUGAUGAUUUUAUUAUUUUCAUUGUGAUUAUAGAAAUUAUGCAAACAUGCAUAUAAUAAUAUAAUAAAUGAAUAACGUCAAAAGAAUGGAAGAUUUAGACCCUCAAUUAAAACGACUUUUACUCCCUGACGAGGAAACAGUAUUUGAACAAUUUAUAAGAUAUGGAUUAUAUGUUGCGGCUAUUUUUCAAAUGAUAUGUCUAGCAUCCUUAGUAUUUUAUACAUCGGGAUCUUCUGAUGGAGUUACUGCUUUGAAGGAUGAUCCAAGUGAUGUCGAAUGUUCGGAAAAUAGUCCUCAAGUUACACCGAGAAGGCCUCAUCGACCAAGGAAACAAGAAAAAAAGAAAAGGCGUUGAUAUUAUUUUAAACAAUUGAAUUUUGACAAUAAUUUUAUUCAAAUGUAACUAACUCAUCAUCCUACACUUUUAUCAUUAUACUCUAUUUAUUCCAUUAUUUAUAGACUGAUUUUGUAUAAUAUACAUUUUCUAAUAAAUAUUGAAUUUUUUUUUAAA